AUGGGGCUUACUUAUCGUACUUAUUUGGAAGGAAGUCGUAUUUUUGGAUGUAGCAAGUGUCGAACACAUCUUUCUACAACUGAGAAUAUUCUCUCAAAGGCAUUUCAGGGUCAGCAUGGACGCGCUUAUCUCUUUGAUAAUGUCGUCAAUGUAGAUGAAGGGCCUUCCGAGGAUCGUCAUAUGACCACAGGUCUUCACACUGUCAAAGAUAUUUAUUGUUCUCGAUGUCGGGCUGUGUUAGGAUGGAAAUAUGUGAGUUGA